AUGCUUUUAAAAAUUAUUAUUUUUCUGAUAAUAAACAUUUUCAUUUACACAAAAUGUAAUUCAUAUAUUUUAAAAAAUAAUUACUUCGAAAAUUUGUUUUUUAUAAAUAACAUAAAUAGUUUUAAUAAUGGCAAAGAAUAUAAAAUAUUUCGUAUAAAGAAGUUACUUUUAAAAUCAAAUAAAAAGAGGAAGAAAGAAAGUCUUAAUAAUUGUUUUCUUUUAAACAGAAAACAUUGUGGAAUUUUUUGGAAAUAUAAAACAAGGAAGAAGAAUAUUUUUUUAAGUAAUUUUGAUAGAGUUUUUAAGGAAUCAUUUAAUGAGGAUGAUAAAUUAAAGAAAAGUGAAUUGAUUUCCAUUUUGGCUUGCAUUUGCACAAAUAUAGUUAUUGAAUAUUUAAAGAUAAAGGAAGAAAAAAAAAAUGAAAAUUUUGAAUAUUCUUUUGAUUACAGUGUUAUGAACAUACUAAAAAUGGUUAAUUUUGAAUAUGAUGUUAAUGAAGAAAUUAAAAAAAGUAAGAAAAAAAGUUAUAAAAAAACAAAAACAAAAAAAAAUAUUCCCACUUCAAAACUAGGUAAAGAUUACUUUAUAAAUAGAGGUGAAACAGUGUAUGAAGAAUCGGAAGAAUUAAAUAUAAAUAUUGAUAAUAAAAAUUCAAAAGAGGAAAAUGAGCAAUUAGAUAAAUACAUAUAUAAAUUAGAAAAUAACACAAUGGAGAUAAGUGAAAUUAAACAUUAUAUUGAUUUAUUUUUUGGUAAAAAUACUUAUAACAAUGUAUUUGUGAAAUUUAAUAUAGAUAUAAAUAAAAUUUAUGAAAUACUGAAUUCCGUUUUAUUUGAAAAAUCAAAGGAAAAGGAAAAUGUGAUACAGUUACAAAAGUUUGUUGAUGAAGAAGAAAAUAAACUAUGUAAAAAAAAAAUACAUAUAAGAAAUGUUAAUACAUUUAGUAACUAUUUAGAUAAAUUUAAUUCUUUGGAGGAAAGUAAAAAUAUUAAUGAAAUAGAAAAUAUAUUAUAUGAUGAUUAUGCCCCAAAAUCUUUUAAAACAGAAAAAAAAAAAAAAAAUUCGAGAGCUGAUAAAAAAUCAAAAUUACACAAAGAUAAAAAUAAAAUGAAUAGUAAUCUUCAGAAUAUUGGAGUUAAUGAAGAAGAUGAAAUUAAUGAUGAAAAUGAUGAAGAUAAUCAAGAUAAUGACCAGAAUAAUGAUGAAAAUGAUGAAGAUAAUCAAGAUAAUGACCAGAAUAAUGAUGAAAAUGAUGAAGAUAAUCAAUAUAAUGACCAGAAUAAUGAUGAAAAUGAUGAAGAUAAUCAAGAUAAUGACCAAAAUAAUGAUGAAAAUGAUGAAGAUAAUCAAUAUAAUGACCAGAAUAAUGAUGAAAAUGAUUAUGACAAUCAAGAUAACAAUUAUCAGAAUAGUAAUGACGAAGAUAUUAGGAUCAAUCAAAAUAAUAAUUAUCAAAGUAAUGAUAACAGAAUUAAUGGAAUUAAUAAUGAAGAUAAAUUAAAGGAAGAAAAUAACAUUUAUGAACAUUUUAAUCAUAGAAAUGAUGAAAAUAAAAACUUUUCUAAUAGAAAUUAUUAUGAACAACAUGAAGAGAACCAUGAAAAUAAAAGAGAGUUUUUAAAUAGCUUUUCAUAUGCAUUAAUUAAAAAAAAUAAUAUAGAAAAUGAUGAGAAUGAAGAGAAAAAGGAAGAAAAAAAUAACAUAAUACUAAUAAAAUUUGUUUAUGAUAAUAUAUAUAAAUGUGAAUUUCGAACUGAUAUAGGAGUUAUAGUAUAUGAUUCAGGAAAACAUACUUACACAGAUAAUAUUGAAAGAAAAAUGAAAAGUGUAAAUAUAGAUUUUAAGUAUUUAAAUAAAGAUAUUAUAAACAUUGAAACUUUUAUAAAUGAUGUAAAUCUAGAAAAAUUAUCCACUUUACCAUAUAAAAAAAGAUUUUAUAAGAAACAAAUUAUAAUUAAAGAAAUCAAUAAAAAAAUUAAUUGUAAUAAUUUAUAUAAUGAGUAUUUAAAUAGUUUAUUAUGUAUUUAUUUAAAAAUAUGGGGUGAUGAUUUACAUUUUUAUGAACUAAAAAAGGUAGAAAUAAAAUUUUUUAACAAAGAAAAAAAUGAAUUAACAAAUAACAAAAAGUGCAAUUUUUUAAAUAAUUAUAAUGAAAAAAAAAACAUUUUGAUUGAUAGUGAUAUGUACAAUGAAAUUAUAAAUACAAAUCUAGAUAAGGAGAAAUACUUUUAUAAGUUAUUUGAUGAUACAUUUUUAAAUAAUGAUUAUAUUUCCUUUAAUUUAAAAUUAUUUAUCAAUAAUAAAAAGGAAAUUAAUAGCUAUAAUACUUUAAUGAAUACAUUAAAAAUGUAUAAUUCUAGUCUAAGUAAAAGUAUACAAUGCUAUUUAAAUACAAUAAAAGAACAUAACUUUUCUUUCAUGUCUUCAAAAGAAUUUUUAAAAAAUUAUAUUUAUAAUGAAAAUGAUGAAUUUUUUAAUAUGAAAAAAAUUUUACAAAAAUGUAAAAUAGAAAGCAAAUACUUUCAUUUGUUUUUAAAUUCAAAACAGGAAAGAAAAAAUAAAAAAAAAUUUAAAUUAUUUUGUUUUUAUGAAAUCCCUGUCAUUAAAAAAUUCUGUUUCCAGAGGAACAAAAAACACAACAUAUUUGAAAAUAAGAAAAAAAAUAAAUUUCUUGGCGAAGUUAGAAAUUAUUCUGUACUUAUUUAUGCAAAAAAAAAAAAUAAAAAUAAAGUUGCUCAUGAAAAUGUUACUUAUGAUCCAGAUGAUGAUGAGCUAGAAGAUGAAUUAACAACUUUUGAAAAUAUAAAUAAUAUCUUAAAUUUUCAAAAGGAAAAAAAUGAAGUGACUGAUAACGAAACAUCAAUAAAUGAUAAUAAAUUAGCAAACGAAGAAAUAAAUAAAAGAAAAGGGGAAAAAAAUAAUUUAAAUGUAAUAAAUUCACCAAAAAAUAUUUAUAUAGAAAAAAUGUUAGAAAAAAAAAAAAAAAUGACCGAUUUCUUAAAUUUGGUCGAAUUAAAUGAAAAUGUAAAAAAAGAUAUUACUGUUGUAAAUUAUGAGGAAGCUUUAAAACAUUUUAAAGAUGAAUUAAGAAAUAAACAAAAACGAAAAAAAAGAACUAAUGAAACUAAUAAUGCUAAUAGUGAAGAUGAAAGUAUCAAUGAAAUGAAAGAUGAGGAAAUUAACAAACGUAUUCAGUUAAUUUUAGAGAAUAAAAAUGGCAAUAUAAUAAAAAAUAAGGAUGAUGAAAUACAAAUUAAUGAUAGAUUAAAUAUAGAAAAAGAAAAGAUUGAAGAUUUUUUUAAAGAUAUGAAUAUAGAAGUUAAAUUAAGUAAAAAAACUUGCGUAGGUUGUGGUAUCAUGUUUCAAUCAGAUUAUAAAAAUAAGUUUGGGUUUUUGAAAAAUCAUAUUUAUGAAAAAGUUGUAAAUACAGAUUUAGAUAAAAAAAUAUUAUUACAUGAUAUUUAUAAUGAAAAUAAAGAUAAUCAAGAUGGUCAAAUAAAUUACAAAAAUAAAUUGGAUGAAUUUUUUAGUCUUACAGGAGAAAAUAUUAAUAAUAUUUUUGAAAAUAAUAAAGAUAGUAACAAUGAUGAAAUUGAUAUAAAUAAUAAUAGAGAAGAUGAAAAUAGUUAUUUAUAUGAUUACAAUAAAAAUUCCACAUUAACAAACAGUUAUGAAAAAGAAGAUAAUGAUGAAAAUCGGUAUAUAUGCGAAAGAUGUUUUAAUUUAAGGUAUAAAAAUAAAAUAUAUGAUAAUUUAAUAGUUAAUUACACUAAUAAUAAUGAAAUUAGUGUGCAUGAUUUCGAAAAGUACGUUAUAAAUAUUUUUAAAAAAAGGUGUUUUAUUAUAUAUAUUGUUGACAUAUUAGAUUUAUAUGUCUAUUCCAAUUUAAACAAAUUGUAUAAUAUUUAUAAGAAAAUCCACUAUGACAAAAGCAAAGUUGAAGGAUUUUAUUUUUGUGUAAAUAAAAUAGAUCUACUAAAGAAUUAUAAAGAAUUUACUAUUAAAAACUAUAUUUAUAAUUUUUUAAAAGGUAAUAAAAUAAAUAUAUUAUUUAAAAAUAUUUUUUUAGUAAGUGCAAAAACAGGAUAUAAUGUAAAAAAACUAAUAUACACUGUGUACAUAAGCAGCAGAAAAGUUUUUAAGAAUAAAAAAAAUAAUAAUAAUGAGAAAUUUGUUAAAAAAAAUGAGAAAAAUGAAAAUGAUAUGAAUGAUUUAAAAGGGGAAAAAUAUAAUUUUGAAAAUUUAUCAGGAAGUUAUGAUGAAGAUGAUAAGGAAUACAAUUUAAAAGAUGAUGAACAUUCAAAAGAUCUUAUGAAGAAAGAAAACGUAAAAGAUUAUUACCUAAAAAAUGUAAAUAUUUAUAUUGUUGGAAAUGCUAAUAGUGGUAAGUCAUCAUUAAUAAAUUAUUUAUUAAAAAAUAUUAAAAAAAAAGGAGAUAAAAAUUCCUUAAUUAGCGAUAGUAUUAUACCAGGUACAACCCUAAAAAACAUAAAGAUCAAAUUAAACAAGAAUUUAACAAUCAAUGAUACUCCAGGAAUAAUAUCAAACCAUUCUAUUUUAUCGUACUUAAAUUAUGAAGAAUUGAAAUACGUAGUUUGCACUAAUCUAAAAAAAAAAAUACCAUCUAUGUAUAUAAAUGAAAAUGAUUUUAUUUUUGUUGGUGGUAUUUUAUAUAUUCAUAUUUUAAGUAUUAAAAAAUACUAUUCAAUUAUUUCUUUUUUUAUUUCUGGUAAAAUACCAAUAAUAAAAAGAAAGAACUUUUCAAAGGAUGCUAACCUUUUUCUUCGAGAAAAAAUAGAAAGUGGAUUUCUUUACCCUCCUUUUUCAGUUAAGAGAUUUGAUGAAAUUAGUAAUUUUAAAAAACAUUAUUUUAAUAUAAAUAAUACUACUAAUAGUAUCGAUAAUAGUAGUUAUGAUAUACAUAUACAGGGUAUGGGAUAUAUUACAUUUUAUUCAUUUCAUAACAUUGAGUUUAAUUUGUAUACAUUAAAAAACGUUGAUGUUGUUGGAAAAAAUUCUUUAAUGCCUUAUCAUAAAAAAUAUGGAAAUUUAGAUUUUUCCAAAAAAAUGUUGUAA